AACAAGAUUUUGGAGAUGUACUCAAAAUGUGAUUCUAUGAAUGAUGCAUUUGAAGUUUUUGACAAAAUGCCAAGUCGCAAUUUGACUUCCUGGGACACCAUGAUAACAUGGCUUCCUCAGAAUGGUCUUGGUGAAGAUGCCCUUGAUUUAUUUAUCCAAUUUAAGAAAGCAGGGUUGAAACGUGAUGGCCAAAUGUUCAUUGGAGUCUUUUCUGCUUGUAGUAUCUUGGGUGAUAUUAAUGAGGGAAUGCUACACUUUGAAUCCAUGAGCAACGAUUAUGGUAUUAUCCAUCCAUUGAGCACUAUGGAAGUGUGGUUGAAAUGCUGGGUGUGGCUGCUAGAACCUGAAAAUGAUGAUGGAGAAGAGGCAGGUGUUCCUGAGAGCUACCAGCUGUGCAGAAAGAAGAGCACGGUGGAAAGGAUGAAGGGAUCGUUGGUGAGGGUGAAGAGGGUGAUGUGGUCGAUGCUCGGAUCGGCCCUUGGAAACUGAGGAGGUUGGUUCGGUGCAGGCUGUCUGAUUAUAUACAAUAAUCACACUGUAGCGGGUAUAGUUUAGUGGUAAAAGUGUGAUUGGUUCUAUUACUCUUUUUGAUAGGUAAGGGGGGUCCUUCGGUUUUAUUCCUAAUUUUGAUCAAAACUUUAUUUCUUUUAAAAGGAUUAAAUCCUUUAUCUCUCAAUGAAAGAUUUGAGGAAUAAUAUAAUUCUUGUCAUUUG